AUGGCCCCAUCAUCCGAUUGGGACGAGAUAAAAAGAUUAGCUGCAGAUUUUCAAAAGGCGCAGCUUACUUCUACGUCCCUGAGAUUGUCUGAGAGAAACUGCAUAGAAAUUGUUACUAAACUGCUUGAGUUGAAAUUAAUUGAUGUUAUAUUUACUACCGAUGGCAAAGAAUAUUUGACUCCUCAACAACUUACUAAAGAAGUAAAAGAUGAGUUAUAUGUCCAUGGAGGGCGUAUUAACACUGUUGAUCUUGCUAAAGAGCUGAAUGUUGACCUCAGUCAGAUUAACCAUUGUGUAGCAGACAUUAUCAAAGGAAAAGAAGUGCAACUUGUUUCAGGAUACUUAAUAGCUCAUUAUUAUUUGGAAAAAGUUGCAAGAGAAGUAAACGAGAAAUUACAACUUCAAGGUCAAGUAUCUGUGGGUGAGUUGACACUACAAUAUGAUUUGCCAGCGGAAUUACUGCAGCAUAAUGUUUUAGAAAAAUAUUUGGGAAAAAUCAUUAUUGGGAAACAAGAUCCAUCAGAACCCAGAACUUUCUAUACUGAAGAAUACAUUACAAGGACAAAGGCGAAGAUUAGAGGUGCACUAAUGGGUCUACUGAAACCUACUCCUAUAGCCGUUAUAGUUAAUCAUUGUAAUUUGACUGAUCGCCUCUUCUUGUCUCUGUUUGAUCAAAUAAAUGCACCUGGGGUACUGACUGGUCGUCAGGCAGGAGCAUUGUAUGUGCCAUCAUGUUAUACUAAGACUCAAAAUGAAUGGGUAAUGAGUUUCUUUAAACAAAAUAAUUAUUUAGAAUAUGAUGCAUUGUCCCGAUUGGGGUUAUCUGACCCUAAAGGUUAUGUCAAAAAAACUUUGAUAAAUGAAGAUUUGACUUUUCUUAGCAGCUGUGUUAUAGGUUCUCAAAUAAAAGGACAAUUGGAAACGGCUCUUGAAGAAUGUAUUGCUUCUAAAAGUUAUUUGGAUGUUGUAUCUUUAUUGCCAUCAGUUUUAACUGAUACUGAUAUAGAAAAUGUGCUUGAUGACCUAUUAAAGAAAUCAAAAUCGAUAAUGUUAUUUGAUAAUACAGUUUUCAGUAAUCAUUAUAUUGAACAUUUAAAGCAAAAUUGCAUGCCAAUGACACAAGAAAAGUCAGAAAAAGUAGUCAAAUCUGGCAAAUAUCAACAAUUCUACAUGGAGAAACAAUUACAAAAGUCAGUGGAUAUACAGCUAAGUCAUGUGGACCAUAAAGCCGAGAGACGAGAAGAACGUAGAAGAAAAGCUGCUUCUGGCAAAGGAGGUGGGGGUACUCAAGGUCGAGAGACUAAAACAAAGGCAGUUAAAAAACAUGCAAGAUCUAAACAAACUGCUCAUGAUUCCGAUUCUGAUGAUGGUGUAGGUAUAAAUAAAAAGGCACAGACACAAUUAGAAAUUGUAUCUGUUGAGGACAUUGAGAAUAUUAUCAAGGAUGUCCUAGAGAAUGAGGGUCUAGAAGAUUUAAUUACUAGGGUGGCAGAACAUCUUCAAGUGAGCCUUAACCAGAUUGGCCUAACAAUAGCUAAAGAAACUGCAGAUAAAUUGCUUCAGGAUGCCAGUCAAAAUAAGAAACUUAGUCAUACAUCUGCUCAAGAUAAAAUUAAUGUUUUAGUCAAUGAUAUGAGACUGUAUGAAAAGGGUCUAAAGUCCUUACCCUCUGAUCAGCAACCCCAGUUUAUUAAAUAUCUUCUAAAGUCACUGGGGGGUGAUAUACUAGGAGAGUUUUGCAAGUAUGCAGCAAAUCAGUGUAACUUGUCUGUACCAGGUGAUGUGCUGUCUGUUGAGCAACGAAAUAAAAUAAUUAAAGAUUUAUCUGAUGAAUUUACAAAGCCAAUAGUAUCACUAAAUGCUACAUUGACAGAGCAAAAUAUGGAAGCAUUCUACCAAGCUGUAGAUGUAUGUUUAGCAGAAUUUGGUAUGAUUUUAAAGAAAGUUGACAAGAAGAAAGAUAAACUUCUUAUCCAAAAUCACAGAGAGAAACUCAUUUCUGAACUGGAAAGCUGUGAUGAUCCAGCAUUAAGUUUACACAUAGCUGUAUUGGCAAUUUUUACAAUUAUCACUCAAAAUAUGCUUCAUGCAUCUGGUAGACAAGUAUCAAUAAUAGUAUCUUAUUUAAAAACCCAACUUAAAGAAGAUGACUAUGAACGACUCCAACUGGUUCAUGAGUUAGUUUCAAAAUAUUUAACGUGCACUGAAGACGAAAAGAGCGCAAUUGAAGAAAAACUUGAUCAAGAAUUACCUGCCCUAAAAAAUAUGGUUCUAGAAAUUAAAAAGUACAAGUGA